AUGGAUUAAAAGAAAAAAAGUCAACUUAUUUAAGGAUAUUGCAAUGGAUUAAUAUUUUCAAUAUUUUUGGGGAUUUACGAAUGGCCCCAAAAUUCUAUAAAUGCCACUUGGACAAAAUCAUAGGUCAGAUUAGACUAUGCAAAGUUGAUAGGAUCAAAUGCCUUGCUCUAUCCACCUAUGUACGCCUUAUUUUAAAUUACAUGCGCUUAUAUGGAAGAUUGGGGAUACAAUUACCCAACUUAAAUAUUGGCAGGUGCUGGAGUCGGGAUGUUUUAUUUCAGUAUUGUUAAGUAUAAAUAAAAAUUAUGA